AUGGAUAAGGUCCCUAUUCGAGUUGAUGGAAGGUUUAGGCUGGGAGAUGUGUUGGGGUCUGGCUCAUACGCUGUCGUGUAUUGUGCAUGGAAUAUCAUCAAGAAUAAUGCAGUCGCCAUCAAGCUUGAACCUGUCAACCACUCAUCUUCUGUGCAGUGUAAAUACCGCAUUUUGAAAAACCUUGAAGGUGGUAUUGGGAUUCCCCAUGCCCUUUGCCUUGACACUGUUGUGAAUCUAGGAGACCAGCUACUCUCAUGUCUUGAAUACAUUCAUUCGCAUAAUUAUAUUCACGGUGAUAUCAAACCACAGAAUGUUGCGGUGGGCCUUGGCGAUUUGAAGCACACCACCUUUCUCAUCAAUUUUGGCACUGCGAAGGAAUUCUGGAAUACAUCGACCAGAGUCCAUAUACCAUUUCACCAAGGUCAAUGUCUUACUGGCACUCCUGCAUUUGCAUCAAUCAAUGAUCAUUUGGGAGUUGAACUGGGUCAUCGUGAUGAUCUUGAGUCACUCACAUACAUGUUAAUAUACUGUUUGCAGGGUUCUCUUCCAUGGUUAACUAGUGACCAAGAGAAGCUUUCUAGCUCUUCUAUACUCAAUUGCAAAGUAAACACUACCAUCAAAGCUUUGUGUCAAGGAAUUCCUGUCCAGUUUGCAACAAUUCUCAUUUACAUGUGCGCUCUCGCUUUCUCAGAGGACCCUGACUACAACCACCUUCGUUCCUUGCUUCAUGCUGGAGCGCAACUCAGCAAUGAGAGACUCAUCGUGACUUUCUGA